AGGCUCAAUACGCUUGUUCCACCUGGCCACUAAACUAUCCAUCUACAAACCAAUCCCCGACAAUCAUAAUAAUAAUAAUAUUCACAGGCCUGUAUAGCCCAAACAAACACUCACUGGAAAUUCCACUGUACGGACAAUCCAAAUCACUUUUUUUUUGCGGUGAUUUUCAUCAAUUUCUUUCAACAGUUCGUUGUAUUGUUAGAUUUACGCACGGUUGAUUGCUACUAGAUAUGGGGGUAUAUUUAAGUACUCCGAAAACCGAUAAGACUUCUGAAGAUGGUGAGAAUGAGAAACUGAGAUAUGGAGUGUCGUCCAUGCAAGGGUGGCGCACGUCGAUGGAGGAUGCUCAUGCUGCUUUACUUGAUUUGGACAACUCCACAUCUUUCUUUGGUGUUUAUGAUGGCCAUGGAGGUCAGGCAGUCUCUAAGUUCUGUGCCAAGUUUCUUCACCAACAAGUGCUCAAGCAUGAAGCGUAUUCUGCUGGUGAUAUUGGCACUGCAGCCCAGAAAUCUUUUCUCAGAAUGGAUGAGAUGAUGUGUGGGCAACGUGGGUGGAGAGAGCUAGCUAUAUUGGGAAAUAAAAUGGAUCAAUUCGGUGGCAUGAUAGAAGGCUUAAUUUGGUCACCAAGGAGCGGUAAUUUAAAAGCAACGGAGGAUGAUUGGUCUUCUGAGGAGGGACCACACUCUAGUUACGAUGGACCGACGUGUGGAAGCACAGCUUGUGUUGCAAUCAUCCGUAAUAACCAACUUGUUGUAGCGAAUGCUGGCGAUUCUCGAUGUGUGAUAUCCCGAAAGGGUCAGGCUUAUAAUUUGUCAAGGGAUCAUAAGCCUGAUCAUGAGGUUGAGAAAGAAAGGAUAUAUACAGCUGGUGGUUAUAUUCAAUACGGUCGAGUUAACGGGAGUCUAAACUUGGCUAGAGCUAUUGGUGACAUGGAGCUGAAAAGGAAUACAACACUUCCACCUGAAAAGCAAAUUUUAACUGCCAAUCCUGAUAUAAACACAGUUGAGCUUUGCGAGGAUGAUGAUUUUCUUGUUCUUGCUUGUGAUGGGAUAUGGGAUUGCAUGUCAAGCCAACAACUGGUAGACUUUGUUCAUGAACAAUUAAAAACUGAAAGUAAGCUCUCAGCGGUGUGUGAGAAGGUCUUCGAUAGGUGUUUGGCACCCACAUCUGGUGGGGAAGGGUGUGACAAUAUGACUAUGAUCUUAGUCCAGUUCAAGAAACCAAAAUCCGGUCCGUCCACUUCACAACCAAUGGAUUCAUCUAACGAUCAAGAAGUGCCCGGAUCAAACUCGCCGUAGUCUUUGUAUCUCAACAUGGUUUUUGUAAAUGUUGGUGGUUUUUUAUGCUCGAUAGAUUAUUUCGGGUUGCUAGUUUUUCUGGUGCUGGAUUUGACCAUUCGGGUACAAUCUUGUUAGUGUGACUUGUAUUUUAGGUAUUGAAGGUUGUACAUUAGAUUUGGUCAUUUCAGUAUCUGAAACCACACUUUGACUACAUGUUUAACGAUUAUUGCAAUUUCUAAGUACUAAAAUGCCUUGAGCUUAA